UUUUUUUUGUGUGUACACAAACAGUUCAAGCUAAUCUCUCAAGCAUAUGAGGUGUUGAGCAAUGAUGAGAAGAGAAAAAUUUAUGAUCAGGGAGGUGAGCAGGCACUUAAGGAAGGUGGUUCAGGAGGCGGGACCUUCACGUCGCCAAUGGACAUCUUUGACAUGUUUUUUGGAGGAGGCAUGAGACGAAGCCGUGAAAAGAAGGUGAAAGAUGUAAUCCAUCAGAUGAAUGUGACCCUAGAGGAGUUGUAUAAUGGUGCUGUGAGAAAGCUUGCACUACAGAAACAUGUAAUCUGCAGCAAAUGUGAAGGUCAGGGUGGCAAGAAACCCCCAGAGAAGUGUCCAAGUUGUAGAGGAACAGGCAUGCAGGUGCGAAUCCAGCAGCUUGGACCUGGUAUGGUGUCACAAGUGCAGAGUAUGUGUGGAGAAUGCCAAGGCCAAGGCGAGCGUAUUCAUCCCAAAGAUAGAUGUAAAAACUGUGAAGGAAAAAAGGUUGUUAAAGACAGAAAAAUCCUAGAGGUACAUGUAGACAAAGGUAUGGAGGAUGGUCAGAAAGUGGUAUUCUCUGGAGAAGGGGACCAAGAACCAGGUUUAGAACCAGGUGAUAUCAUCAUUGUGUUGGAUGAAAAGGAACAUCCAGUAUUCAGACGGGUGAACAAUGACCUCACUAUGCAGAUGCACAUAUUCUUAGUUGAAGCUUUGUGUGGGUUCCAGAAACCUAUAAAGACAUUAGAUGACAGAAUUAUUGUUAUAAGUACCAUUCCAGGUGAGGUAAUAAAAAAUGGGGAAAUUAAAGCAGUAUUAGGUGAAGGCAUGCCACAGUAAAAGAACCCCUUUGAAAAGGGGCGUUUUUUUC